AUGAUUAAUCGAUAAACCCUAUUUUAAGAAUGCUAUCUUUUAUUUCCAAAAUGUACAUAAUAUUUUGAAAUAUUAUUUAGAAGAUGAUAUUUGUUAUGUAAUGGACAAAAUAAAGGUUAGGAAAAUAUUUGAAGGCUAAGUUGAAUUUGAUUAACAAGAAAUGGAAAUCUUGAAAUAAUUCGAAGCAUAUCUAAUAUCUAAACGCUUUAUGCCUAAGUUCUCACUCAAUUAAUUUUAGGUGGACUGAGCCUUAAUUGCUAAGGAUGCUUUAUGCUACUAAAUUUAAGUUUGAAAAGACAUAUGCAGCUAUAUAGGCCUAUAUUUAAUGGAGGAAUCAAGCAUUUCCACUUAAAGAAAAUUAGGAAACAACUAAAUUCUUAGUAACAUAUGCUGACAUAUUAUUUAAGUCAAGCGGUUCAAUUUAUCUUCAUGGAAGGGAUAAUAGAUUUAGACCAAUAAUAGUGGUUAAUGCUAUUAAAUUGGCAGCAUAAAAAAAUAUAGAUAUCACUUUAGAUUCUAUGACAAUAUUUCUUGAACAUGUUAUAGCAAAUUACACAUUACCUGGAUAAAUAGAAAAUUGGUAAAAUAUAAAUUCCAAUAAUUUAUAGGGUUGUUGUAAUGGAUUUAGGAGGCUUGGGAAUAACAAGUUUACCAAGAUAAUAGCUCUAAAGAGUUUUAGAUUAUCUUUAAAAUAACUAUCGUUCUAGAAUGCAUAAAUGUUAUGUAGUUAAUUGUCCUGGUACAAUCACCUUUUCUUGGAAUAUAGUAAAAGGAUUUUUAGAAGAAAUCACUGUAAGAAAAAUCUCAUUUGAAAAAUCUUCUAUUCCAACUGGAUUAUUUGAACAUUGUCAUAAAUCAUAAGUGGAAUAAAAAUAUGGUGGAAUAUCUUAAAACAUUGAAAAUAACUUUUGGUAUAAAAUAGUUUUUAUAUUUAAGGCCUCCACAUGAGAUUAGUUAAUAAUAUUUUUUACCAACAGAUAAUAUUACUGAUAUACUCAUAUCAAAAUAACAAUAUAAUCAACUAUAUCAAUUCGGUAAACUUUCGAAGAAUCGUCUUUGUAAGGAACUUCUUGAAGAUAUAAGAUAAUCUUUAUAAAACACUAAUACAGAAUAACAUUUAGAUAAAAAAAUGAAAGAAGAGGUACCUGAUCCAGAAGAAGAAUAAUAAGUUAUUAAUGAUCUAAUUUAAAAUAAUUAAGAUUUUUACAAACCAAGAAUUGAAGAGUUAUUUGAAAUGCCUCUUUGUGAAACUAAAAUCUAAUUACCAUUCAAUUUUAUUGCUCAUAAAAAAAUGCUAAAAUAUUGA